AUGGAGCGCUGGAGGAAGCAGCAUGGUCGCCGUCUCGAUUACGAGGAGAGGAAGAGAAAGAAGGAGGCAAGAGAGGGACACAAGGCCUCGAAGGAUGCCCAGAACCUCCGUGGCCUCCGCGCUAAGCUUCACGCCGAGAGCAGAAGAAAGGAGAAGAUCCAGAUGCGCAAGCAGAUCAAGGCCCACGAGGAGCGCAAUGUCAAGACGAACAACGAGAAGGAGCCCAGCGAGCCCAUGCCCGCCUACCUGCUCGACCGCAACAACCCAGAGAAUGCCAAGGCCAUCUCUUCGCAGAUCAAGAACAAGCGUGCUGAGAAGGCAGCGAGAUUUGCCGUUCCCUUGCCAAAGGUCCGCGGCAUUUCUGAAGAGGAGAUGUUUAAAGUUGUAGGAACAGGAAAGAAAACGCACCAGAAGCAAUGGAAGAGGAUGAUCACCAAACCUACCUUCGUUGGACAGAACUUCACCCGCGCCAACCCGAAAGCCGAGAGAUUCAUUCGCCCUAUGGGUCUGCGCUACAAAUAUGCCCAUGUUGUCCAUCCUAAGCUUAAUGUCACCGUCAAACUUCCCAUCCUGUCGGUGAAGAAGAACCCGAAUGCGCCUUUAUACACUUCUCUCGGAGUUCUUACUAAAGGAACAAUCAUCGAGGUCAACAUCUCUGAAUUGGGAGUUACGACAGCUUCUGGCAAGAUCGCUUGGUCAAAAUACGCGCAGGUAACGAACAAGUAG